GUUUGUUCUCUUUCUACUUUCCCUCUCAGUUGUAAUUAUAUAUAUAGGUGUGUGUGUGUGUAUUUGAGGCAGAUCAAAGGUUGAUCACAUGGUUUUAGAGUCAUAACUGUGCUGUGAAAAGGGGAGAGGAAGUGAGUAGACGCAAGUGUGUUAGGGCCAGACCAAAUGAGUAUGUGUAAGAGAUGAGGUGUAUGUGAGUGCACUGGAGAUCCCAUUUAUCCACUUCCUACUCACCUGCUGUCCAACCUCUCUGUCUAUUUCAACAAGACAGAGAGAAUGAACCAUACUUGUGAGAAUGGGAUUUCUUUUGACCUGUUUCUGCACUGUUCCCUGGUCCCUUCAUGUUUCAUUGUGGCCAUUCUCUCCUUCAUUCAGAGGAGGGAAAAACAGCGGAUGUUGGAUGAGCGAUUCCCUGUACUUAAAGGUCACUUUGGCAUUGUUGUCCCCCUAGACUUCAUAGGCAGCCUCAGUAACCGCUGGUCAUAUGGAUUUGCAUUUGGUGCUGUGUCGUCCAGUGUGCUAGUGCUGUUUUCUGAGGGAUAUCUUCCCUUUAAUGUACCACCCUGGGCUCGAGCAAUAGUGUAUCUAGUGGGCGCUCUGGAAGUGGGUGUGGCCUAUUACCCAUUCUUCGCCUGUCUGUCCACCCCUCACAGGAUGUAUGGAGGGGUUCUGGGCCUCCUCUACACGCUCACAUGGGUGAUUGUAACAGUGUUGGACAUCGCCACUUGUCCUGGUGGAGAGGUGCUCGGGCCCUGGCAGAAGCUGAUCUUCCAGUGGCCAUCUUUGCUGUGCCUGCUGUUCCUGCUGGGGCGUUAUGUGUAUAUGAUAGUGAAGUCUGUUCGCAUCCAUCUGAAACUACUGGCUGAGGAGGAAGAGCAACAGCUGAUGCAGAGUCACCAGGCCAGAUAUGUGCAAAGUUUACUCAAGAGACCCUCUGAACGAUUAUCAGAGAAAAGCUGGUUCCAGAGGAAAAUCUAUGACUGGGACCCUAAUUUCAAGUUUCCCAACCGAAUGAUUGGAACCUCUGUCAUAUGUCUCAUUGGAUUGUAUGCAGUCACUCUGACUGAUUACAGUCUCAGUGAUUACGCCUUUGACAAACUUGAUGCACUGAAAGACUCAAUGGCAGAACUGGCAGCAUCUUGCAAUCACACAAACAAUUUGUUCAUUGCCUUAGUGCCACAAAUUGAGAAGUUCAGCGAUGUAGCUCGAAAAUCUUGGCUUGCCACAACCAUCUUUGCCAGUUUGACCUCUGUGUCCUACACUUUUCACGUAUUAGCAUGUUACAGGAAACACCUGCGAAGGCUUUGGGCUGGUCAGAGAGGGUUUCUGCCUGAGAAGUUUCACAACCCGAGUUCUGCAGUGAGUGUGGCUGCCAUUGCAAGAUACUCAGGAUGGCAAAUAGCUUUCACCUUGUGGGGGUAUUUUAUUUUGCAUUUUGUGCAGUUCCUCUUUGCCGUGCUGUUUGUUUAUGGAGUGGUUAUACCACUUCAGGAAGGACGAUUUGUGGAAUGGCUGACUAAUUUUGGAUUUGUCCUCUUGACCAUCGGCAUUGUAAUCGCUCUGGUUAUAUUACAGAUUGUUAUGGUGCAGAUAUUCUUCCUUCAGGACAAAUUAGACCCACAGGACAAAGAGAAGCCUUUAGCACUUAAUAAUAGAAAGGCUUUCCAUAACUUCAACUACUUCUUCUUUUUCUACAACGUCAUCAUGGGUCUGAGUAACUGUAUCCUGCGACUACUAAUGAGCUGUAUCGUGGGAACAUGGCUUGUGUCACGCAUUGACCGUACCAUCAUGCAACGGGGCUACGAGUCAAUGGAUCCAGGGUACAGUACAUGGAUUGGUAUGCUUUUUGCAGACCAUUACCAGGAUAAUCCUGUAAUGGUCUGCUUUUGCCAUCUAUUGCUUAACAGAACACUGGAAAAACAGAGACAAAGAAGGACGUCCACGUACUCCCAGUUCCAUAACACAACACCUGAGUCAGACACAGAAGGCAGGGUGAAAGGUCGUUGGCUACUCCUCUACACCCUUCAGAGGAAUCCACAACUAAUUUUGCUGCGGAAGAAUAGGUCUGUGUCUCUCCAAGAAAACUACAACGCCAUCACUGCUGCCCGGGUGAUGGAGUCACAGGCUAAACAAUCACCAGAUCCAGUAACACAACCUACUCCGCGACCUGAUCAGACCACUUGAUUGGGAAUAACCAAUUUCAGCCUUAUUGCAGAUUUAUGGUAGAUUCAUUGACUUGGCAUUACAGUCCACUACAUAGACUACUAAACAUAGUCCUCUUUGAUCAAAUGUGCUGUGGGAAAUGUACACAUUCUGAGAUAACAGCGUAUCUAAAGCUACCACUAUUUUAAAGCUUAAGCGCUUGUAUAUUUUAUAUCAAUAACCAAAUAAAAACAUUUUACAGAU